CAUAAUUCUUAGCCGUACAAAGGUCACAAGGUCACAAAAAUGCAGUACAAAGGUCACAAGGCUCACGAAAAUUCGAGCAAUUCGAUACGCUUGUCUCGCCCGGCCGAUCCUUGCUGUGUCCAAGUGUGCGAGUGUCCUCGCAGCUCAGACAUGUGUCCCGCGGCCUUAAACGAUCCACACGCGUCACCCGUGACUUAGAUCUCACCUGAUAGGCACAUAUGCAGGUUGACUACGUGCCGAACAUAUUUGAGUGCUUUUUCCUGGUCCUUACCGAGUGGGGGUCGCGUAGGCUUUGAUUCUCAAUGAAAACGCAGUCAUGUCUCUGGCAAUCCCGUACUGAUCCAGAGACAUGAUGGUCGCAAUCGCUUGCUGUGUGGUUGGUGCUUGGGCACCUGGUGCGUGCGAGGUACAUGUUGGUGGGGCGGCGACGGCUGCGAUUGUUGGCGGCGCGGCUGGGGGAGGGCGUCACGUGGUUGCGUCUGCGGCGAGUCUCUCGAUGCCCAAAGUCGUGCUCUAUCGAGGUUUUUGUGCUGGUUGUACUGUUGUCCGUUGAGCCGCCUGCAGGUCAACGUUUCCUGCACACAAAGAAAGGAACGAUUGAUCUCUGGCAGCCACACACUCAUGUCUGACACGUGUGUCAUAUGUGCGGCAAGAGACUCAUCGUACUCGGUCGGCAUUCGGCAGCAACGUGUCAUCCUGACACACACAGCGACACAUACACUGAUGAAGGGAAAUGUCUAGCAGAGGCAUUCUACCUUUCAUCGCCAUCCGUUGGGUGUUUGGUGUUUGUUGCCAGUCGGUCGGUCGGUCGGUGAGUCCGUCCGUCCUCUGAAACACACAUGCGAGGACACAAACAUACAACAACAAUCGACGCGUCAAAAGCCUGCUAUGCUUGCGGUCUGCUUAAUUGUUUACGAGAUGGAUGAAGGCAAAGAAUGCGACUUGGACAUGGCUGGCCAGUGGAGCCACGCGAAGAAAAAGACACCCACCGCGACAAAGCAAGGAAGAACGGCCAGAGAAAGACAGCAGCCAACCGGAUAAGUAAGUAAGAAAGGAAGAAAGGAAGAGACGAAGACAGGGAGGCGCUGACAGCAAGAGAGCCCCAGCAAGAAGAAGAGACAGACAAGAAGGCAGUUGUCUCCACGUACAACAUCACUGGACCAUCAGAGAAACAGGGACGCCACACACGAGAACGAGCGGCGAUGCUGCCCACACACGUCGCUGCCUAACAGAGCAAUGAGGCAUAUCAAUGCGACACGUGGUCUUUGCUCGCCACUCACCUCGACAGCGGAGCAAGACAGCAGGCCACCAAAAAGGGAAAGUGCGAAGGAAACAUAGAAAGAACGAGACACACAUAGGGAGGCGAGCACUUGCAGCAAGAAAGCGAUACCAAAACACAAGACAAACAGGUGCCUCCGGGAAACUAACGAGAAGAACACAGGGAGGUGGUGACAGUACGAAAAGCCCUAGGAAGGGAAAAACAAUCAAGCACAGAAAAACAAGAACGCCACACACGAGCGGGCGCGGCCACACACGGGUGGCCAAAAAUAGCCCUUUGCUGCCCAACAAGUACCCCACAGCAAGAAGACCGUCCUCAUCGCUCCUCACUCACCCUUCGCCUCCCCGCAUCGAUUCUCUCCUCCCAUCCAUGCUGCGGUCGAGGGGCCGACACGCGCUCCUCCUGGCCGUUGGUUGGCGGCGGUGCAGGCCAACAGCAGCCCACUGAUGUGCGAGGGUGCCCAAGCAGGCGGGGCGUGGAGGCUCCCGAAGCCGAGGGGCUGUCGAGUGGCGUGCUGGCAUACAGCAGCGGUGAUGAGGAUGAUGAGGACACGGGGGUCGAGGGAAGAGGUGGGGUGAUAGUUGGCCAUGGAUCUCUCGUGACACCGACCUCUGCAAUUCACACACGUACGCACAAGCAGGGAGAGACACAUGCAGUACUUGGAUUGUGAGUCCUUACGCACCUUCAGAGCAAUCCGAAGCCAGCUCCUCCACCUUUUUGCGGCCUACGUAGGUUCGCAUCCGCUCUGACAGAAACGGCAUAGCCACCCCCGCGCACGAACGUCGUCAUUGCGCAUCAUCCGUGCAUGCACACACGCACCUGUCAUGAGUUUUGCGAGUCGAUGCGCCUCUCCCUCAUCAAGUUCCGGGUUCGAAGCCAGCCUCUCCUCUAAGCACAUGCCAGCAAACGCCAUGCACAAGGACUGCAUGAGAGUCAAUAUGAUGAGACGCUGCGUCUGGAUACUUGCGCGCGUACCCAGCUUCUUUUGCUGCCGCUCCUCUCGCUCCACCCUCUCGUGCCGCUCGAGUUGGUCCUGAGAGGCCUGCGUCCGGAUUAUUGAAGGGGUCCCAUGGCAUCCCAGUACAAGGAUGCACCAGCAGCUUCCCUUGGGGAAUGAUGAUCUUCCCGGGGUAUCUCCGUCUCAACUCAUCGUCCGAUAGGAUGUCGGGGUUGAUCGGGGCCCUUCCAGCCCCCGUGUCGGCAGCCGAUGCAGACCACGGUCAAAACGCCACUCGGAUGACGCUGGGGUUGCUGGCAGGUCGCUUGCCGGUUGUUGAGCUGCUGAUGAGGACUGAAGGGCGGCAUUCGUCGCCAGAUGUCCCCCGCUCUCUUCUUUUUCCAUCAGUGACAACAUAAUGGUACCGAAACCACCGUGCGCGAAACUCUUAAAUUCCUCUAUCCUACUGUCCGGAGUCUCACCUGAAGCCCCCACAGGCCCCCAUUCCGAGCUCGCAGAUCCUGCAUACAUGGCGCACAGGAACAUACGUGCAUUCGCGAGAUCAUCAUCAUUCAUUGAUCCCCACACAUCAUCAUUCAUCCAUCCAUCCAAGGACACAGACAACCAACACGUACGCCUCGUCGGUUGUCUGUGUCUAUCGUCAAGAUGAAUUCUCAAUCAGUCAGUGUCGGCACGCAGUGGGCAGAGCUACACAGAAAGACACAGAGAGAGAGCUGGUAUGGUGUGUGUCGUGUGUGUCUCGUGUCAGUCUGGCA